AUAUAUUGCGCACUUAUUGUCUUGCUAUGUAUUCACAAAUUUUCCUUCGAGGGCUCAAGACAUUCUUUGCCUUCGUUUUUAUGUGUAAAAUUUUCGACUUGGUGCUCAAAUAAAUUAAUUCUCCCUUGCCCAGAUUUAUUUUUCCAGCAACCCAUAUAUGAGUUUUCGAAUUCUGCUUGCUUCAGCCAUUGCUUUUGCCUAAUGAGCCGUAUGAUUAUUGCACCUAUUUCUUGCCCAGUAAAAGGCUAUUCUGCCCUAGAAUCGACAAAAUCAGAGAUCUUUGCUCCAGCGUUUUAACACAUUCCAACGGCUUCUGCGCUGCCUGAAUUCCAUUGGUAUCAAUGCAUGUAUUGGUGGGUUUGUUCUCAUUACCAAUCAAGAGAAGAAGGAUUUGGGAGAUCUGGUUGGGGCUGCCAACGCCAAAAGCUUUGAACUGGUCCAGCAUUAAUUCUGGGGCAUGACCUUUGAUCUCUGAGAAAAUCAAGUUGGCUUCUUCCAGCGAGCUGGUCUCAAACCUCUCUCUCUCUCUCUCACACGCACUCACCCUCUCUGCAGAGAGAUCAUCUUCUUUCAGAGUUUGCAUUGCCCACAUUCAGGGUUUGUUUGAAGAAUAUAACUUCUAAGUGAUGGUGAAUCGAAGUCUAGAGAAGAUGGCGUCGGUCAUUGCCCAUUUGAGGCUUCUGGUUCCUAGCAAGGUGUCGGAGGAUGACAAGCUUGUUGAAUAUGACGCUCUGUUAUUGGAUUGGUUUCUUAACAUUCCCCAAGACUUACAUGGGGGGGAUCUAAGUGAGACAGUUCAAGAGUGUUAUGAACUUUCUGCUGAGUAUGAAGGGUGGGUUAAUCCCCACAAGCUGGAAGUGCGGUAAUGUUUUGACAAGUUUGGAUCCAUAGACGGAUUAAUGUUGAAAAAGGGGGGAUUUUGCUUACGAGAACUUCAACAAUAACUGAAUCAGACAUUGAAGAAAUUAUGAAAAGACUUGUGGGGGAACUGAAAAAAUCUGCCCAAUAAGUCUUUAAUGCUCUUAAGAAUCAAACUGCUGAUCUAGUUUUUACUACUCACCCACCGGUCUCUCGCGACCGUUGGUCUUCAGCAGCCGUCGCCACUGGUCUUCCUCGAGACCACCACCUUUGGCACCUACUCCCACCACAAUUGUGCUUACCAUCAUCAUUGGCUGCCACCGCUUGCUUCCGACGCCACCAAGUUCGCCGUCGGCUUCUCCACCAUUGUUGUCGCUGCCCAUUGUUGUUUCGUCACGGUCGCUGCCUUUAGUCUUCCAUGACUGUGCUUAGCUGCCAGUCUCUUGUGACCAUUGCCUUCACUGCUUGCUUCCAUCAUGUCCAUGUUCAUCAGUGGCUUCUCCUUCCGUCUAGCAUCGUGAUCGCUGUUGUCGUGGCCAUUGACACACCUCUUUUGUUGGGUUUGUUCCCCUUUUCCAAUCAAGCUUCUAGAAGCUUGUCUUAUAAUGUAAUAUAAUAUAUGUAUAUAUAUGCUUAAUAGCUUUUUCUUCACCUCAGCUUCCAUGAGAAACUAUCAUAUGUAAUAUGUAUAUAUAUAUCAUAUGUAACUCUUGCUUAGCUUGCCUUUCCCCAGUCAAGCUUCCUCAAGAAGCUUUAAUAUGUAAUAUGUAUAUAUGUAGUGUCUCCCUACCCUCUUUUCCAAUUUUCUUUCUUUUCAUUCAUUUGUGUAUAAAGCAAAAAUUGGAAAAGGAAAGAGUCACAGGUGCAAAAAAUAUUAAAGAAAGGAGCAUAGCAUUAAUGAGAUUAUCACAUACGUGUAAUGUCUUCUUUCUUAAUUGAUUUGAUUAGACUUCUUGUGGCUUGAGAUUGUGUGAGUCUCAUUGUAAUACUUUUAGGCUUUUCGUACGACUUCUCACAUACGGUGCUAAUUGUUGUUGUCAAGAUACAACAAUAAAUUUAUUUGACUAGAAAUGUCGUCGUCAAGUCACGUGAGUAUGCAAGGAAGAAAAUAGUCCGAGGGUGCAGAAAGAUCCCCACGCAAACACUCGGAUGCUUAAGUUAGACAUUGAAUAUGAUAAAGAUUGUGUUGAAAUCAGUAUCAAAGGCAUCCCUUUUCAGGAAUGGGUGCCUGCUUAUUUAUAGAGAGAUAUAGAGUAAUCUUAAUUAAUUCGGGAUUAGAAUUCUUACAGAUAACGUUUAUUUUAGCCUUUCUUAAUCUUGUUAGGAUUAUGAUUUUAUAAAUGAUAUUUAUCCCAAUAUUCCAAAAUCCUUUUAGAAUUAAAAUUCUUUAAGGAUAACUGUUUUUUUUUUUCUUGGAAUAUUCAGAGGGAGUUUUGAAUGUCAGAGUUAUCUAGUUUGUACGUUUGUGUGGGACCCCCCACGUACGAAAAAUUUAUGUUUUUUAGCCCAAAAAGUUAUUUUGGGCUUUUGCCUAUGACACAACACCUGGUUAACUCAAGAAAACCCCUCAGGGCCUUUAUCGUAGUUGGUUUGGGCCAAGCCAUCAUGGGUUCUACCUUUCUUGGAUCAGUGCUGACCCUAUCCCCUGAUAUUAAAUGCCCAAAAUACUCCACCUGACCUUGACCAAAGGCACACUUAGACAAGUAAACCUGAUAACCUUAAAGGUGGUUCUUAGGUGAGCCAAGUACUAGUCAAAAGUAGGGCUGUAAACAAGUAUGUCAUCAAAGAAUACAAGUAUAAAUUUUUGUAGGUAGGGUUCAAAAAUUCAGUUCACGAGGGACUGAAAGGUAGUUGGUGCAUUGGUGAGCCCAAAUGGCAUCACCAAAAAUUCAAAGUGUCCAUGGUGUGUUCUAAAGGCUAUUUUGUGUAUAUCAUUAGGCUUCAUUAGUGGUAGCUCAAGCAUAGGUCAAGCUUAGAGAAGAUUUUGGCAAGAUGUAGCUCAUCCAAAAGGUCUUCCACAAGAGGUACGGGAAAUUUGUGUUUGAUGGUCAUGGCGUUAAGUUGGCAAUAAUCAACACAAAAACGCCAUGAUCCAUCCUUUUUCUUGACUAAUUGGAUUGGGGAAGUAAAAGGACUUUGGUUAGGUCUAAUGAAAGAUUGGUGUAGCAUCUCCCUAACUAUUUUCUCAAUCUCUGUCUUUUGGAUUGGAGGAUAACGAUAGGACCUAAUGCUAAUAGGUUCAGCAUUAGGUUUGAGGUUACUAGCAUGUCAAACUCUCGGGUGGAAGGGUUGUGGGUUCCAUGAAAAGGUCCUCAAAUUCUACCUGCAAUUCAUCAAGAAGGUGUAGUUGGUGUACCUAAUCAGAUCUCCCUAGGGGUGCGCUGACUAGUAAGUGGUAUUCCCCUUGCACUGCCUUGCUGUUAGGGCUUUCCUCCAUUGCCACAAUCGAGAACAAUUGUGUCAGCUGGUUCCAUUUACUCUUGAAGACCCUCUAUAGCCUUCUUCCAGUAAUCAUCUUGCAAGUCCCAGCUUCUUUUCCUCCGGUGAGAGUCAUCUUCCUCCCUUCUUUCUCAAAAGUGACCUCCAUUCGAUUGAAGUCAAAAACUUAUGGGAUUCACCCCCUUCAUCCAAUUCACCCCUAGCACUAUAUCACAACCACCCAAUUGUAGGAGUCUGAGAUCUGCCUCCAAUUCCUCCCCUUGCAUCUCCCAACAUAAGCCAUUACAAGCUGACUUACCACUCUGUUUCCAUUAGACACUGUCACGCUCAAGGGCUGGGUACCCGUGAGCUGGCAUUUCAACCUCCUAGCUAUGCUUUCAUCCAGGAAACUAUGGGUGCUCUAUUAAAAUCAUUAAGCUGCAAUCCUUCACCCUUCCUUUUACCUUGAUAAUCUUGUUAUUUGCUACCCCCUUCAAAGCAUGAAGUGAGAUCUCUCUAUUGUCUUCCUCCCCCAAUUCUUCACACUCACCUAUUUCUUCUUCUUCCAACAUUUCCCCAUCCUCUCCUUCCAGAAGCAAUAGUUGUCGUUUGCACUGGUGUCUGGGAUAAUAUUUAUCCCCACACCUAAAGCACAAGCUAACUUGCCUCCUUUGCUCAAUUAGUUUCCCUCCUUAUGGUGUUGUAUUGUGGCUUGAACUUGGUCCACCCAAACUCUUCACCCCUGUAUUUCCCUUCACUAACUCCCGGUUAUUACCUUUUCCUCCCAGACUAGAUGUUCCCAAAAUCACUCCCUUCUCUUAUUGCCAUUGCUUCCUCAUCAAAGCUUCCACUGCCAUCUCUUCCAAUCGAGCACUCUCAGUUACUUGCUCCACUGUUCUGGACCUUAUCAUUUUAACCACGGUCCUAAGUUCAUCGCUGAGACCACUCAUGAAACUGGAAACAAAAUAGGCCUUCAAAAGAUGAGGAUUGUGGUCGAUCAUUAAAGACCUCAGUUCCUCAAACCUUCAUUGAUAGGCCCUCACUUCUCCAAAUUGUCUUAGCUUUUUAAACUCCUUAAUGACAUCCAUCAUACUCCUUUCCCCAAAAUGCUCACACAAUUUUUCAGAAAACUCCUCCCAAGUAUAGUUUCCCCAUGUUCUAGCCCAACCUUGAAAUCAGACAUCCACUACCUCAUUGAAGUAUGCCAUGGCUAUGGUUACUCUCUGACCCAAUUGAGCAUCCUCUCACAUUUCCUCAACCACCAUCUGGGAUUGGUUCUCUCAAACACAGGGAUCUCCAUCUGGGGCAUGGGGAACCCCGGAUGAUGAGGGUUGGCAUGACCAUGCCUUCCCUUGUCCAUAACUGCUUCUACUUACUCCUCUAGAUCCACCUCAAUUUUAGAGGUCUCAUUCACACGAUUCAUCCUAUUCUCCUGUAGAAUAGGCUUUAUUCUCUCCCUAGGAGGAAAAUCGAGAGAAAUCCUUGUCGAAUUUUGGUGAGUAAACAUCACCAUGAUUUACAAUUGUGCUCCCAUCUCCUCCCACAUCUGAGUGAGAGCUCCAUCCAAACGCCAUUCCAACCCUUCUAUUGAACUCUCCAUCUUGCCAAUGAUCGCUUCGUGAUUUCGUGUAGACCCAAUCUCCAAUUGAUCGUCUCUGUUAUGGAAUUCUAUCAUAGUCGAGCUGACUUGUUGCAUUUGCAAUUCAAGAUUCUUCAUGCGGGUUCCCUCUGCCAUAGAUUAGAUUUCCAAAGAGUUACAACUAAGAAUUGAGCUCUAAUACCAAAAUUGUCACUACCUAAGCCUGACAAUUGUUUUGUGCCUAAUUCGGUAUGAAUUAGGAAGGCAUAGAACAGAGUUCAGAAAACAAUUGUAGAAUGAGAGAAAUGAAAAGAGAGGAGAGAGAGAGAAUGUUGAGGGAGAAAACAUAAUUCUCUUCAACAUUCUACAUACCCCAAUCCACGAAGGUCAUUGGGGAUUUAUACAAGGUGUCGGAGGAGUGGAUCCCUGCUGAGGUGGAUUUUACACUCUUCCACGGUUGUAACAAGCUCUCACUACACUAUAACCACUUGUACAUGGCUACAAACUAACACAACAGAAAUUACAGCAGUAAAAAAAAAAAAAAUACCAUAAACCAUAGCCUUACUCGUGACAGUAGCCUUUUUCAACUAGCCUUGCGUUGUACCGUUUAAUAGUUCUAUCUGCUUUUAAUUUAACAGUGUAGACCCAUUUGCAACCAACUACUUUCUUUUUCUUGGGAUGCACCGCAAUCUUCCAUGUUUCAUUCUUCUCCAAAACUCUUAUCUCGUCUUUCGUGGCAUACUCCGGUUCUUUCCCUUAAAAAGUAUCAUAUACUAUUUUGGGUAUUUCGAUUGAGUUCAAGGUGGAGAGAAAACUUUUGUGUUGGGAGGAUAGUCAUUGUGAGGAGAUGAAAUUAGCUAUAGGAUGUUGGGUACACUUUUGUGUUCCUUUUCUCCAAGCAAUAGGAAGAUAGAGAUUACAAUUUGAAUUAGUAUCACAAACAACAGUAUUGUUAGUUUCAGAAUUGAACAAGUUCAAAGUGUUUACAUUAUUUAGGCUUGGAGUUUAUUCUUGGACUUGCUUGAGUGGCUAUGAGGGUUGUGCUUUUCUUGAAUACUGGUUUAGUGGCUUUAAAGGGGUAUGGAUUUGAACAUAUUCACUGGCAUUAGCAGUGUCAUUGGCAGGUUUAAGAAAAUUUGCAGUGUCAUUGACAGGUGCAAAGGCAUUGGCAGGUUCAAGGACGUUUGCAAUGUCAUUCAUAGAUUCCCAGACAUUGGCAGUGCCAUUGGCAGGUUCAAGGAUAUUUGUAGUGUCAUUGGCUGGUUCAUGGACAUUGGCAGGUUUAAUGUUGACAGUAUUAGUUGCUGCAAUGUCCUUUGUAGUAGUGAUAUCUGCAACCUAUUUAAUUGUUUCUGGGAUGAUAACAUUGGGAAGGGUUUGAGAUGAUGAUAAUGAUGAUGGUGGUUUAUCAAGAAGGUUUGCAUGUAGCUCUAGAAAGGAGAUAGAACCUAAGCACACAUCCUCGUCUCUAGACUGCUCCCCUUGAAGAUGGGUGUGAGGAGAUCUAUAGAAAGGUUUUUUUUUUUUAAGUGAAAGAAAUAUGUAUAAAUAGAACGAAAACAUCUGUACAAAACACAAACUAGGGCAUACCCUAGAGACAAAAUCACAUAAAUGAAAACAGACACACAAGAUCCAUACAUGACUGGAUCAUAAAAACACAAAAGGAAAACAACGGAGGUACAUCAAAAAGAGAAUAAAGAACAACUCCAGAAGAAUACAUCUCCAAGGUGAGGGGUGCUCCAAUGCACGACAUCUUGAUCAACAAGGAGACCAAGAACAAACAAUGAACUUGAAGGUAGCCCCAGAAGAGCCACCAACAGACAAUGAGCACAGAGAGAAAACCUAGGACCAAAAGGAUGAACAUGUAAGUGUCACCAAGUGGCCCCAGGACACAUCCAAGAACACACACUCAGGGCCAUAGCUGUCAAUAUAGGGACCUAAGCUAGGAGUGCUGAUUGGCAAGGAGCCGCCAGAAAUGUCAUAGUGCACAGCUCUGAAGAGUAUGGAGAAAAGGGAUAGUGACCAACUAUGCCCACACGACACACUGGAUAUGAUGGGCGAGCUAGUUUGCAGACCGCUCACAAUCACGCCAACACCGGUUGUUGCGCUCACACCACAAAAAAUAGACCAUCACCUACAAGACUAAACGAUUAGCAACCUGCCAAGGAUUUUUUCCUUUCCAUCGAGCCGCCGCCCACAAGCCCCCCGUCUCCCAUCGACGCCAGGGCCAUGCAAACCUCUUUGAACGCUGGAAAAAGGACACCACCUGCCUAUAAUAAAAACAAUCAAAGAAUAGAUGGUUGUGUCUUUCGGAAUCUGCCCUGUAAAGAAAACAUCUAUUGGGAAAUGGAAGAAACAGGUUAACAUGGUCAAGAGUAUAUAAUCGUUCCCUAAUUGUUAGCCAUAGAAUAAAUGAAUGCGCAGGGACUCUAUACCCAAACCACACAAGUCGAUACCAAGGGACACGAUCUCACUACUCUAACAACCCUUGUAAGACAGACUUAACAGAGAAGGCGCCAUCUUGAGCUGGGGUCCAAACCAGCACAUCAUGGUGACCAACCCUAAGGGGCCUGGCAUUCGGUGUUGGAUAAACUCUAGGCAUGGAGGUGUCCAGUCCGACGGCCACGCCCACCUAUCAUCGACAAUGAUGUCGGAGACACGGGCCGUAAUCGAGAUACCAAGCCGCCGGGGGAGUUGAUAGGAGAAACAGUUAACAAGGAUCCCAAGGGGGUGCCACUUAUCAUACCAUAGAAAAACACGACUGUCGUUCCCCACCUUCCACCCAAACUUAUCUCUGACCACAUGCCGAACAAAUAAGAGUUUCCUCCAGUACCAGGGGCACGAAUGCGGCACUGGGAGCAUCCACAAGCACUUGUUCUUAAUCCGAAAUGUGUGGAUCCAUUUUACCCACAAGGACUCGCUCUCGCCUGACAAGAGCCUCCAGAUUAACUUUGUCAGCAUUGCCUGAUUCCACAAAUAAAGAUGCUUUAAUCCAAGACCUCCCUGCUCCUUGGAACAACACACAUCACGCUAUGUGACCUUAGCUUUGUGGGAAUCCUCCAUUGACCCACUCCAAAGGAAAUUCCUGAUGAUGCACUCUAACUCCUUAAUCACCCGCUUGGGCAACAAAAAGACAGACGCCCAGUACAUAUAUAUCGUAGCAAGGACCGAAUGAGCUAGUUGAAGCCUACCUCCAAAAGACAACGACCGACUGCGCCAUUAGCACACCCGACUCCUAAUUCUAUCCAAGAUGGGCUUACAAUCCCCAUAGGCUAGCUUCGUUGAUAAAAGGGGGACACCCAGAUAUCUCAUGGGGAACUGACCUCUGCGAAAUGUCGAAGCAAGGAAUAGACUCUCUCUCAAGGCCUCAUCCCGACAGGGCACAAAGCAAUCACUCUUUGAUGGGUUAGCAUGCAGGCUAGACAUCAAAGCAAAUUUUCCCAAGCAUUCCUUGAGAAUUCUAAUGGAAGUAAUGUCUCCAUGAGAGAAUAAUAAGAGGUCAUCAGCAAACAUGAGCAUCACCGACCUAGAUUGCUCACACUGCCAAUGAAACUUGAAAUCGGGAGACUGGAUGUGCCGACUGACGAUACCCUGCAACACUUGCAUGACCAACACAAACAGAUAGGGCGAUAGCGGGUCUCCCUGCCUUAGGCCCUUACCUCCUUGAAAAAACCCAUGCAAUUGGCCGUUAAUCUUGAUUGAGAAGCAAGGGGUGGUGACACACUCAUGAAUCUAGCCACAGAACCUAGGCGGGAAGUUCAUCAACUGAAGGAUAUCUAAUAGGAAAUCUCAUUCAACUGAGUCAUAAGCCAAUGUGAGGUCAACUUUCAUAGCACAUUUCGGCUGCCCUUUAUGAAGAUGGUACUGAUGCACUAGCUCCUGGGCCAGUAAGAUGUUAUCUCCUAUCGAUCGGCUUGACACAAAAGUUGCUUGGGACUCAUCAACCAAGUCUGGAAGCACUGUUUUUAGCCUAUUAGCCAAAAUCUUUGAAAUGAUUUUAUAGACAACAUUACAACACGAGAUCGACCUAAACUGAGUUGGGGACUCCGGAUGAGACUCAUGGAAUGUGACAUCAAAAGAAACAUAGGUGCGUUGACUAGAAGGAUCAUAACAUUUGUAACCCUUUUGCUUGGGGUUCCAACAAAGAAACACUUCUUGGGGUUCAAAUUUUGAUUGUUGAGUUUUGUGAAUAUGCAAGAAAGCAACCCAACCGAAUACUUUUGGGGACAAAUUUCUAGUAGACACAAUGUUUGGAAAAUGGUUGGACAUGAUAUGUAUAGGACUAUGAUUGGCUAGGACUUUACAAGGAAGAUGAUUUAUGAGAUAAAUGGCUGCUAGAAUUGCUUCCCCCCAUAGGAAUUUUGGAGCAUUGGACUGGAAAAGAAGUGCAUGAGUGACUUCUAGGAGAUGACUGAUUUUCCAGCUUGCCACUUCGUUUUGCUAUCGGGUUUCAACACAUGAAAAUUCAUGAAGAAUACCUUCCUUGAUAAACAAAGGAAGAGAGAUUUUGAUUGAGAUAAUCCUUGGAAUUAUUUGAGUGAAACCAUUUUAUUUUUGUUUCAAAUUGAGUAAAAAUAAUUUUUUGGAAUUGAGGAAGCAGUGAACUAACUUUAGAUUUGUCUUUCAUUGAAAACAACCAAGUAGUCCUAGUACAACCAUCAAUAAAAGUGACAAACCCCAUUGCUCCAUGAAGAACAAGAAUUUUUGCUAGCUCUCAAAUAUUAGAAUGUAUCAAAGUAAAAGGCUGAUUGCAUUUCAUUGAAUUUAUAGGGAAUGAAGUACGACAAUGUUUAGCAAAUUAACACGCCUCACGCUAAAAAUCUAUCACAACCAUAUCUUAAACAACAAUGGAAACAAAUGUUUUAAGAGAGAAAAAGGUGGGAUGACCAAGACGAAGAUGAUGUGCCUAGAUUAUUUAUUUAUUAAAUGUGGUUAAAAGGGACUUGAGAGAAAGGAGACUAGUUUCCUUUUAUUCGACCAUUGCUAAGAUCCUCAACAUAGUACAACCCAUCACACACACUAGCAAAUCCAAUCAUCUUUCCCAAUAAAAAGAGAGAAAAAGAUGGAAACAAAUGUUUUAAGAGAGACAAAGGUGGAUGACCAAGACAAAGAUGAUGUGCCCAAAUCAUUUGUUUAUUAGAUGUGGUUAACAGGGCUUGAGAGAAAGGAGACUAUAUUCGACCAUUGCCAAGAACCUCAAGGUAGUACAACCCAUCACACUUUGGCAAAUCCAAUCAUCUUUCCCGAGACUUGAUCCUGAAACACUCAAUGAGAGUCAAAAAAUGUUAUUUUGCAAUGGAUUUCUUAAGUAAUUUUUUGGACAAACAUAAGAUUAGUUGAAAGGUUAGGGAUAUGAAGGACAUUUGUAAGAGAUAUGGAAGGGGUAAGAUGAAGAGUUCCUUGCCCAGAAUAUCUGUGGGAGAACCAUCAACUACAGUAAUUUUUUGGUUUCCUAGGGUUAGUUCAUAUGAAUCAAAGAAAAAGUUUUCAUGAGUCAUAUGAUCAGUUGCCCCUGAAUCGACAACCACCCAUCUACCUGUUUUAGUCUGUGAUGCAUUAAAAGAAUUAGUCAUGAGACACAUACCACUUUUGGCCACUUUUUGCAAGAGAACAAGAACCUAAAGUUUUAUCCAAGGAUUCAAGAAGACAUCUCAAUCUUCCUACGUCUUCUUUGUUGAAUUUUGUAGACUCUUCCUUGUCUAACUGGGCAGUGUCAACUAGUGAUUGCUCUUUACUAGCCACAUUAGCUUGGCUAUUUACUUUGCCCUUUAAUCCUUUUGUUCAUGCCAAAACUUGAGUGUUACCGUGUAGUUUAAAACAAUUCUCACGUGUGGCGAGGUUUGUUGCAAUAAGUGCACCACAGUCCAUCUUUGCUAGACUGUUUCCUUGAUUUAGCUGGUUGCAAAUUAUUGUUUCCUUUAUUCCCUCCUUCUCCAGGUCUACAAGAGAUCAUUGCUGCUACCUCUUGUAUAUGAGGUUCCAGCAUAACACCUCGUCGACUCUUUUCAACACGAACAAUUGAGAAACAUUCAUAAAGAGUUGGUAUAGGAACUUUACCAAGGAUUUGAACUCUGAUAUGAUCAUACACAGAAUUCAAUCUUGCAAGAAAUUCAAAUACUCGAUCAUUUUCGAGUAAUCCUUGAACCACUUGAAUGUCAUGGCUGCAUUCCAGUUUCAUACCAUGGUUGUGAUAUAUUUCUAGCCAAAAUCCAGUCAUCUGGUUGUAAUACUUGGUGACGAACAUCCCCCCUUGUAUAGAGGAUUUAUACUGUUGAUUGGAUUUUGGCUACUGGAUCAUACUUAGAAUUGUAGAUCUUUUUCUUUCGGGCCAAGAUUAGUAAGAUGUUCCAUCUUCCCUCUUCCUUUGAGAAAACCUGACGCCACUAUAGGUAGUUAGUCCAUCAACCUAAUAUAGAGGAUUUAUAUUGUUGAAGUCGCUUUCACUUCUUGUUGCGGUGACAGUCGUAGGUGAGGCUCGCAGUUCACCUAUAAUAGUUGAGGUAGAAUCCUAAGAAACUGUUGACAUAUUGUAAUGAAGAAGGGAGAAUGAUUAAGAAAGGCUGCAAUGACGGCACAACUCCAAGUAUGUGAUGGUGACAAUGAAGGAUAAAGAACGACAAUGAAGGCCAAAGAGACAAAGAGGACCGGAAAAGAGAAAGGCAAUCAAGGAUGGAGAAAAAUAACCUAGAAACAUGGCUUUGAUACCAUGUAAUAAUUCUUUGAAUUCUUGUAUAUUCAGCAUAGAUUUUAAGUCAUAUUUAAGGUGAAUCUUGACACCUUCAUAAGGAAACUAUCAAUCCAUCUUCUAAGAAAACUAGCUAUUAAGGAAGCUUAUACAAUUAGGAAACUAACUAAUUAGGCAGCUAAUUAAUACAGAAAAACUGUAAAUUCCAUAUCUACAUUAGGAAAUAUAAUCUUCUUUAUUCUAUGGUGAGCCCAUUACCCGAGUAAGUCUUCCAUGUCCAUCAUUCAAACACCUAACUUAAGGCAAUCAUGCCCUAACUUAAAAGCCCCUAAAUUAAUGCAUACAAUUUGUCAGCAGUCCCCCUUAAGUUGAGGCAGAGAUAUCUUUCAAACCAGCUUGCCCAAGAUAGUGUGAAAAUAUUAUUUGCAACACUUUUUAUUGGAAUGCCAGCAAGCUGUUCUCCUGUCUUCACAUAUAGGUAACAAAUAGCCCCUUUAUUCAACUUCUCAAACAAAAUAUUUUCAAUAUGCAUUGUUUGAUCAUAUUGGAUUGGAUUGUGGGCAUUAUUGGAUCUAGUACCUUAUUAUCACAAAAUAGUACAAUAGAUCUUUCAUCUAUAUAUCCAAGUUCUUUCCACGGGAUCUUCAGCCAUAGUGUUUCACACACUCCAUGAUCCAUAGACCUAGAUUCAGGUCCAGUACUAGAUCUUGCAACUACUUACUGCUUCUUCCUCCACUAGUUUGAUAGAUUGCCUCCUACAAGAGUGCAAUAUUCUAAGGUAGAUCUGUUUGUGUCAGAACCUGUGUAAUCAACAUGUGCCUUUAUGUUCACAUGGUCAUAUCUAGAAAACGUCAAUCCCUUUCCUGGUGAAGAAUUCAAAUAGCAAAGUAUUCUAUAGGCAGUUUCCAUGUGUAUCUCUUGUAACAAGUGCAUGAACCGUGGAUCAUAGUUGCAUCAUAUGUAAUGUUUGGUCAGAUAUGUGAUAAAUGGAGUAAUCGACAUGCUAACUGUUGAUAUAUUGUUUUUUUGUAGGAGUUAUAAUGACUUGUAAGUUUAUGUCCUGUUUUUGAGAUUUUAAAGUAACUUAUGGAAUUUUUGGGUUGGAAAAACUGAGAAAAAUAGCUUUAGGCCAGAAUCAGUGAAACUGACCCACUGUAUAUAAAUGAUCCAUGGGGUGAUUUGAGGACCAAUGGAUUGCAAGGGUGGGACUUGGUAUGAUAGAAGAGAAUUAGAGAAAAUAAUAAAUUGAAAUUUUGAAGGUCUAUUUCAAAUAGGGUUGGGAUAUUUCAAAAUAGGCUGUUGAAUUUCUGAAAAUUUGGGAAAACACUGCACUGCCUAUUUUGAAAUAGAAUGUUUGACAGUUUUGCUAUUUUUUGUUUGACAAUGGAUUGAAGACCCAAUCAUGGACCAAAGUUUGUCGGGUUCAAAACAUGGUAUUGGCACAUUAUUAGCGACAUAAUGGAUGCCUUAGAAUGUACUUUGAUCAUUUGAUGGGUUAAACUUUGAAUUAAAGUGGGUGUUUAUGCUUAAGUGUGUGUUACAUCAUUGUUGGGAUAACUUGUUGGCCAAGGGCACUAAAGCAUCUAACCUUUAAAUUCUAACCCAAGGUAAGUCCUGAUUUGUGCAUGGCUUGCCCUGAUGGAGAAUCUCUGGUGAGAAUCUCCAAUACGAGGACAUCCUCAAGGUAGUACAGCCCUUCACUCUGCAUUGCUUUCUACCAAUCAUAAGCUUAGGAGAAUAAGACGAAAGGAGGGGACCACUUACAAAGAUGAUUUUGGGGCUGCAAAGGGGCUGAUACACCUGUAAAAGAAGGGUUAUUGGGGAGCAUAUCUCUGCAAAAGGGGGAUGAAGGGUUUGAUUGUCUGCAAGGGAAGAAACCAGUGAGAACUUGGCUUGAGAAAUGACCAAAAUGACAUUAAGAAAUGGAAUAUCUCGAGGAUAUAAUAGUCUCUGAAGGGUCUGAUUGAUAUGUGCCUAUAAGAAGGGGUUGUGACUGGCUAAGGAGGGCUUUGGACGUGUCUGAACUUGUGUGAGGUGUGCAGAGUUGAGUUUUGAGAGUUUUUGAAGUCCAUGAAUAUGCUUGUGAGUUAGAGAUUGACCUUCCAAUUCUUGUUUGGGCUUAAAACACUUCUUGUAUAUCAAGAUCCACCGUUCAAAGUAUUAUAUAGCUCUAAACUUCAUCACUUGGUAAGUCCACCCAUCAUUUUCAUGUGCAUAGCAUAUAGAGACAUAGCAUUCAAUGGUUAUGCACAUGUAAUGUAUAUUUACUUAUCUUGCUUAUUAAAUGUCAUGUUAUGGCUUUUUGGGUUAUGUCCUAAGAUGAGAAUACAUGUGGAAGGGCUACCAUCUUACUAGGAUUGUUGGUUUGGCAUUUCAAGAUGAGAAACCAGGGGCAUCUUGAAAGAGUGGCCUGUCAUCGAGAAGCCUUGCAAUGGUUUGGGAUACAUUUUCAUGUCUUGUGUGCAUGUUGAGGUACUAAGUGUUAAUUGAGUCUUGAUCCUCAAAGGGAGUGUAUAUAUAGAUGUGACAUGCCACCUCACAGAGCUGGUACUUAGAGAAGCAUCAUGGAGAUCUCAAUCCUAGAGGGAGAGAUUAUGGAGAGUUACACGUCAUCUCCUGAGGCUAGAACUUGGAAAGGACUCAAUCCUAAGUGGAGGGUUUCGAGAUUCACAUGGUUGAUCCCUGGACAGAUGCAUUGGAGAUUCACAUGCCACCCUAGAGAUUGCCACUUGGAGAUUCACAUGGAUACUCAUCCCUAGAGAGAGACAUUAUGAAGAUUUGGCUGACUAACGUGGAAGUGAGCUGUCGUGUCACCUCUGCUUACAUAAUCAUGUACCUGCUACAGUUUUAUCAGUGAAUUGGUUUUGUAUUAUUUACAAAAACCUUAAAUCAGUAUGUCCUAAUCUGUUGCAUCCCUUGUUGUAUCUUGGUGCCACAUGCAUUUUUAUUUUGUUUUGUAUGGUUCUUAUGCAUGGAUAAAGAUAAUGUAUGUGUAUAUAUAUGUAUAUAUUAGAGACAUAAUAAAAUUGUAAUUUUGUGACAUUAGAAGAAAUGAAUAACUCAGAGUCAGUUGUAUUAUCCACUGAAUCCCUUUGGAAUAUUGUAGGGUUUGAUGUUCUUGGUGGCUUCCCCUUGUAUAUGUUGACUUGCUGGAAAGACGUCCUACUGAGUUCCAUUUUUGAAUGGUUAUUUUCUCUGCUGAUCAUGUAAAUA